AUGACAACGUCACUUGAGUAUGCCAGCGACAGUCCAACACACUCGCUUGGGGACACAUUCCAGCAGCAGCACGCACAAUUACAAUUACAACAGCAGCCGUCGCAGCCGGACGCAGCCGCUCGGCCCAACGGCUUACUGGGAAAGAUGUUUCGUAAGAGCACUUCCAAGCACCCAAAGCUGAAUCCGGUGGGCAUUUCCUCCAAACAAUUCUUUGGCGAAGAGCCCCGCCCUGUAGUCAUGCACUUGUCGCCCACAGAGUACCAUGCCCCGCCCAAGGGCGUCAAACUGACCAGAAAGCUGUCGGCCAUUUCACCAACAAUAUCCAACGUGUCCUCUAAUAGCCACCCACUAUUCGCGAUGCAAGGUGCUGGUUCUCAUAUUUUCCAAACAAUGAAUGGGCAGUCCUACACAGCUCAGCAGCAUUGGCUAGAGCUAUCUUUGCCACGAAUUGGCGACAAGGCUGCCGAAGGGGACAAACCCGCCUCGAACCCUGCAUAUCAAACCCAGUGCUACCGUCCAUCCAGACUAAAGCUGGAUGUUGCGCAUGGAGUUGCCACAGCGGUAUUAGACAAGGAUAUCAGCAAAAGCCCUGUCCAUCAGACCGCAUCGGCAGCUCCAUCGCCUGGCGGACCUAAUAAAUUGCUGUUAUCACCGGGCUCCCCGUUUGGGACGCAGCCACAAAUGCAGUCAACCCCCACAAGCCCAAUGCACGCACCUGCAGUGCCUCAGUCCGAGUUGCUCGCCAUGUACAACGAGGCUGAAAGGGCCAUAUCUGCCGGCGAGCGCAAGCAACGAGGAUCGCCGUGGAGCGCAAAGCUUGGUUUCACCAACAUCCGCCGCCCAGAGACUAGAACCCAGCGGCAUCAGGCAUUCGACAUCAACUCGGUAGACAUCGCCACGCACCCCUGCAUAUACCCCGAGCCCCCGCUCGUCUCUGUGCCCUCAAUCGCCCCAGUAUCUGCUCGAGGCAACAACGCCUCUGGCACUGCAACACCUUUCUCGGCGUUGGAUACGCUGGUAGGUACAGCCGCGGAUUCAACAUCGUUACCCCAGGACGGCUUUGAUAAUAACGACGACAGUCCGCUGUACGCCAACUCUGAAGUGAUUGCUAGCGUGAGCAACUUGGGAAGUAUCGACAAGGAGUUUUUGUUGACCAUUCAGCGCAACUCCGCCCUGGAAGCGAGACGCCAGCGGCGCCGCGAAACGCGCCGCAAUACAGUGUCAGUUCUCAGCACAAGCGACAGAGACAGCAACGCUGAUAAGGAGCACCUUUCGUCUAUGCCGCCGGCUCUGGUUUCCAGUUUUGCUGCUCGCAAAAACAUAUCGGCCUUUUUGGCACCCACCGACAGUGGCCACGACAUGAUGCCUCACGGCAUUACAAUAGAACACCUGUCGCGACUCUCGCAGAUUGGCGAGCCGCUUCCGUACCCAGAUACGGCGCUGCGGUUGGCGGACAUGGCCCCCAGGCCCGCUGGUAGAAAGUUGAAUCAAAGUCAGGGGCAGCAGCAGCAAAAGACGCCGGCACCCAAACACGAGCUUGAUUUCACAACCGCGCCCCAAAAAGACAAUAUUUUAAGCCAGCCGGCCCUUGACAUCACGACUGAAAAGCCCGAGUUCAGCAGUCCCAGUACUUAUACGUCUGUUUUCUGCUCCCCAAAGAAUCCGCGGCCCUUAUCGUCGGACUCGCUAACUUAUGCCGAGCAGCAAUGGCGAAAGCGAUGCUUGGAGCGCACACCGCCCCUCUACCCCAACAUGCUAUCACAAAGAGCGCUGGCUUCUGGGCCUGACGGUGCAACGGGCAACAAUUAUACUAGUCCUGCUACAUUUGCAUCAUCACCAAUUUUGGAUUCGCCCAUCGCAAAGUUGCCUAAGCUGUCUGCACUGCUCAGCGCCGCCUCACCGACUCACUCUGUUACGACACUUACGCCGCACUCGCCCGCACUCGCGUCCACACUGCCCCCUUAUUGCGCCAGCAACAGCAGCAGCGUAAUUUCCAACAUGCAGUUUUCGACAUCAGUAACAUUCAGCUCUUUGAACAAAUAUGCCGCGGACGGCAGCAUACCGCUAGUGCCAUAUCUACCCCACGGCACAGCAGCACAAACCAGCAGAUAUGAAGCAAUGGUCUCCAUCCCGCUGCCAGCAGUUGCUACCAGGCCGGGGACAGCAAACCCGCAUGCUUCGCCUCGCAUAGUAUCAAACAACCGCAGAUAUCGCGGUUCGACGCUGGUGGGCCCUUCAGCGUCAAUGGCGGCCGACACUGAGAAUUUUGCGUAUGCGCUGCCGCCACUCCCAUCAACAGUUGCCGCUAUCAUCUCGCCUCCGCCGCUCCGCCAGCCUGCGUCCCAGAUACACGUAGCCCAGUCAAACAGUGGAUGGGAUGCAGAUUCAAUUAGAAUGCAGAGGUAUCGCUUGACGCCGGCCUCGGGCCGCCAACAUGUUGGGAUGGACGUGGACUGCUUGCCGGAAAGCCCGGUGCAUCCCGACACUGAGAGCGACGAUAUUUUGGCAACUUCGACAAAGGCCGCCGAACAGCAGGAAUCCGCCACCAGCCAGCCCUUGCAUAAAGCUUUCGUGCGCAAAUUCAGCCACCCAGACACACAGCUGCAUUUGACAUCGCGUGCGCCCAUGUCGCCUACUCGGUCACCUGAUACAUUGUCAAAGUCUGUAUCCAACCUGUCCACCACUUCUCACAAGUCUGUCAGCAACAGUAAUGAUGACAGCGGUAAUGUCAGUUCUUGCUACAAAAACGGAAUCAGCCGCUUGUUCUCGGUGAAUCCAUCAAACCGCAAGCUACACCUGACAAAGAACAAAGCUGUUAACAGCCAACCGCCGAGCGGCUCCGAAACAAGCGGGAACAAUUUGGUCCGGACUCAGGCGCAGCCACAGCAACAGUCGCAGCCUGUGUCACCCGCAGUAACAUCGCUUGUGAACGAUCCUCUGGCCAGACGCAAAAUCCGCGACCAGUUGGCAUCCUCAACAGCGUUUGACCGUCUGCUAGAAGAGGAUGACGAGUUUACCAUGGCCAUUUCGCUGACACCACUGGUCGCUGGCACUUCGCGGAAAAAGCCGGUUUAA